CUCAUCUCUUCUCUCAUUCAGUUCCUCAUCCAUUCCUUCCUUCCUCUUUCACUUCUCGACUAUUCAUACCCUUAUCAUAUCAACUAUGCGUCUUUCUGCUGCUGUUGCUCUUGUCGGUCUCGCUGCCACCUCCAUGAUGGCUGGUGUUCGUGCCGAAGAGACUCCCAAGGCGUCUGAUGUCCUCGACCUUGGUGCUAAGAACUUCUCUGACACCAUCAAAGAAAACAAGCUCAUCCUCGUCGAGUUCUAUGCCCCUUGGUGUGGGCACUGCAAGGCUCUCGCUCCUGAGUACGAGAUCGCUGCCACUCAGCUCAAGGAGGUUGGCAUCCCAGUUGCCAAGGUUGACUGCACUGUUGAGACUGACGUCUGCAAGGAUCACGGUGUCCAAGGUUACCCUACUAUUAUGGUGUUCAGGGAUGGACAGCCUACCAGCUACGGUGGACCUCGCAAGGCUGAUGGCCUCGUGUCUUUCAUGAAGAAGAAAUCGCUUCCUGCAGUCUCUGAGAUCACUACCGACAAGCUUGCUGAGUUUUCUACUUCUGAUAAGGUUGUUAUCGUCGGUGUUCUCCCCAAGGACUCUAAGAAGCGAGCCACUUUGGAGAAGGUUGCUAAAGCCUACAGCGAUGAUUUCAUCUUCGGUGUCAUCGAGGAAAAUCCCGAUAUUAAGGGUGAAGGCAUUGUGCUCUACAAGAAGUUUGACGAAGGCAAGAACCUUUUGGAAGGUGACUUCACUGAAGAGUCUCUGACAGAAUUCAUCAAGACUUACAGUGUUCCUAUCAUGGACGAGAUUGGACCCGACAACUACGCCAGUUACAUGGAAUCUGGCCUUCCUCUUGCCUAUUACUUCUUCUCCAACGAGGAGCAGCGCACCAAGUACAGCGCAGAUCUCGAGGCUGUUGCCAAGGAGUUGAAGGGCAAGAUGAACUUUGUUUACAUUGAUGCCACCAAGUUUGGUGCCCACGCUGUCAACUUGAAUCUCAAGGAGUCCUGGCCCGCUUUUGGUAUCCAGAACGUCGAUAGUGGCGCCAAGUUUCCCUUGGAUCAGGAAAGUGAACUUUCAGUUGAGAAUAUCAAGACCUUGGCUCAGGGUGUUCUGGAUGGUUCUGUCAAGCCCUCCAUCAAGUCCGAGCCCAUCCCAGAGAAGAAUGACGAGCCUGUCAAAGUUGUCGUUGCCAACAAUUACAAGGACAUUGUUGAAGAUCUUGACAAGGAUGUCUUGAUUGAGUUCUACGCCCCUUGGUGCGGUCACUGCAAGAACUUGGCCCCCAUUUACGAGAAGAUUGGCAAGCAUUACGAGGGCUCCAACAUCGUGAUUGCCAAGUUUGAUGCCACUGCUAACGACCUUCCCGUAGAUACUCCUUUCCAGAUUCAAGGUUUCCCCACCAUCAAGUUCCGUAAGGCUGGAAGCACUGACUACAUUGACUACGACGGUAAUCGCAGCGAGGAGGACAUUGUCAGCUUUAUUACUAAUAAUGCUGUCCACAAGGUCGACGUCAAGGUUGAGGAGCAGAAGUCCGCUCCUGCGGAGCCCGAGACUGAGGAUAUUGAGCAUGACGAGUUGUAAACACGCCAAAUAGCACAACACACCAUUGCCCUUUUUUGUUUUUUACAUUUGCAGAUUGGCACUCUCUUGUAUAAUAUCGACAUUCCGAGAAUAAACUAAAUUAUUAAAAUAUAAUUGAUGUUCAGGG